UUUGAACGUUAGCUACUACAUGGCGUGCAGAGAGCCGGAAGAGGCCGCUAUCGUCGUUGAUCAUCUUAUUAGCGAUCUGGUCCUUGAGGCAGUGACAGAUUCUGCCCUCCACAAAUCACCCUCACCGUGCGGCUCCUCCACCUGCCAGCGUCUCUUCGACAUUUUGGGCUUUCACCCUUACAGGGACGACAGCGAUGUCGAAGUUUGUGUCUAUGGCGAGGACGAUAAGAGCAGCCUCGAAGCGGUCAUGGCUCCCAGCUCCCGUACGCUCAUGAACAGCAGUCUCAUAUCGAAUGGGGACCGCAUAGCCAAUUGGCAUAGUUGGGUGACCGAGGCCCUGGCUGAAGAGCAUACCGAGGACGAUCUAACAAUCUAUAUCAAGAAUGAAGCCCAAAGGUCUUGUAGCAAGGCCGUGCAAACGGAACAGCCGCGUCUGGCCGGAUCCGAUACCGGCCUGAAAAGCCAAGGCGAACGGGUCUUCUUGCCCAUGCCCUGCGAGCAGACGCGUCAAACGAUCUUCAUCGAUACCGUGUCGCCGCCCGUGCCGAACUUGACGGCGCGUCCUCCCUUGGCCGAUCGCUUCUGCUACAUGUUGACCGAUUUCGCAUCGGCACUCUACUGCAGUCUCGCCAUCAUGUGUUGUUGCACCCCCACUAUGUUGCGAUAAUUGACCCCCAAUGAUAAAUCGAUCCUGAAUUUAAUCAAACGCUGCGAAAAAAUCAUUUAACU